CCUCUUUACUGCAUCCUGAAUCCUGUGCAGAUCUCCCCAGACUUCAGUAGAGUCGGAGUUAAGGGUCAAAGUUUUUGCAGAUUUUGGAAUUUUGCUCCCGAAAACUGCGAUCAAGUGCUGCGUUAACCACCGGCCACACUUCUUCUGUCAACAUAAAAGGCCCACCUCAUGUGAACUCUGCGCAAAAUGUCCCGUUUUCUGAGGCAUUUCACUACUGUGGGUGAUGAGCAUGACAGCGCUCCGCAGUGGCACGAUGAGGAAGUGCACGAUGCGGGUGAUGACUUUGAGCUGUCAACAGGGCAACAGCUGGGUCAGGUCAGCUUCAGGGACUCCUUACGACGACUAUACAAGGCUGAUAAGUUUCAGAUUGUUGUUGUGUGCCUGGUGGUGUUGGAUGCCAUUUUUGUGCUGUGCGAGUUGCUUAUCGACUUGUCUAUCAUUGAAGCGGAUCAUCACAAAAUUGCCCCGCAGAUUUUCCACUAUCUCAGCCUUUCCCUUCUGACGUUUUUCAUGGUGGAGCUGUGUGGGAAAAUCUUCGCUUUCCGGCUGGAAUUCUUCCGGCAUAAGUUUGAGGUGUUUGACGGGAUUGUCGUGGUGGUGUCUUUUAUCCUGGAUAUUGUAUAUGUCUCAAACGAAGAUGCAUUUGAUGCCAUGGGCCUUCUCAUCUUGCUUAGGCUAUGGAGAGUGGCCAGGAUCAUAAAUGGUAUCCUGGUGUCAGUGAAAAAUCGUGCCCAUCACAAAGUUCAGAAACUGAAGGUGAUCAAUGAAAACCUCGUUCAUCAAAUUAAUGAACUUAAAGACCAGAACACAAAAAUAGAACAGGAAAACACCAGGCUUCAGACCAUCUUAAAACAGCACGAUAUUAAGUAUUGAUGUUCGGGGGGUCCAGCAGAAUGCUUAUUAAAACACAUCACAUGUUACUGGUAACUUAAGACUGUGGUGUACAUAAAUUAUCUGUUCCAUAUGAAAUGUGAAGAAAUGCAUAAUACAGUGCAUUGGGUAUGUUGUCACUCUGUUAUAAGUUUAAAGGCUGGUUCACACCAAAAAUUAUACAUAUAUUUAUACGUUAAGGGCUUCUGUAGAAACAUGGCGGCACAAAAUGGCGACUUCCAUGUAAGGGGACCCUCUGUGUAUGUAGAUAAAAACGCCUCAUUUUAAGGUAAUGAAAACAUAACGGUUCAUUAUAAAAAGGUCUUCAUACACCUCUGUUUUGUAUAUUAUUUUGCAUUUCUGUCAAGAGAUACUUCUUAAAAGGACACACUGCACCUUUAAGACUGCUCGAACAUACAUUUUAGUCUAGGACUAGACUUAAACCAUGUCCAGGAAACUGCCCAGUAAAGUUUUACAGCUAUAACAGUAAUGAAACAGAGAAAUAAUAUAAUUAGGAUCACUUUCAGAGCGAUUCCUUUUCCAGCUGGUCAAUGACAAAACAUUGACAGACGAUUUAAAAUCCAUUGGAAUUUGAAGCAAUUGUGCAUUUACAAUAAAUAUAAUUAUUGUUAUUGUGUGUGAACAGGCCUUUAAAGUCUUGCAGAUCUAUAACAUAUAACGGAAUAAUGUUUAUGUACAGUAAAGAGGUCAAAUUUUGUGUGCAAAAAUGGGAAAU